CAAAGGAGGCUGGUGCGGGCACAUGAUGAAGACUUUCAUCUCUUCAGCGGCCCUUGUGGGCCUGUUCUCACUGAGUUUGGCAGCCAAACUGACCUUUCCCAGCGGUAACAACUAUGAUAUUGUUGACGAAAGCACCAUUGGAUCGACAGCCAAUGACUUGGUCGACCCAAAGAGUACAGGAACCCUAUUAUUCGACGCAACACAGAUCGACCCCACCUUGAAGUACAUGAAAAGGUUGACCUUGAACAUCUUCAUCAAAGACUUCAAAUCGCCCUCCUCGAAUUACUUCAGGGCGCAUCCUACCUUUCUCAAAUGUCUUCAGAAGGUCUUCUCAGAUCUAGCUAGCCAGGAUUACAAAUUAGUUUUGGAAAGUGGAUUCAAGACCGUCUCUGAAGCUUCCAGUAGCGUACAAGACCUGUACGCCCGUGCCGGAACCGGUGCCAGUGUUGCCUUCAGACAGGACACGCCUGGUGACAUUCUCCUCAUCGCAAAGGCCGCUCUCAAUCAUUGCCCAACAAUUUUUGACCCGAUCCAACGCGAUCUUGGUGUUGUUCUCAUGUCGGACAAGGUCAACAUCCACAUGAGGGGUACUACUGAUGAACAGCCCUAUUACGCCUCUGAUGGUGGAAGCAUGAGUACUGCAGCUUUCCAGUCAUGGUGCGGCGACAGGAUAGAUGAAGGCUUAGCCCCUAACACACCAGACUGCAGUUCUUUCACUGGUCUGAAUAGCGGUGAAGUCUACCCCACCGGCGCCACUUCCGCUGCAGAAACAGUAGGAACUCUUGAUAUUGCAAUCACAAGAGAUAUGACUACAGACUUCAAGAGAUUGGUUCAGUUUCCCGGGACCGUGAUAACUUUCGAAGAUUCCGAGUCCUCCAGUUCCUGGUGCGGCGACGCCAGCAUCGGCUGCCAUUCUUGCGCCAAUGGUAUCUAUGGAAGUUCCCUGAAUGCCAGAUGUGCUGACCGAGUGAUGGCCCCGAGAAUGUUUUUCGUCUUGAACAAACUCCAGAAACUUGUCAGGGACAACAUGUCCGGCAACAAACUCAAGAUCACCGAAGCUUGGGACGAGCCCCACUCCGCCGCCACCAGCGGUGACAACCCCUCUGGGUCUCUCCACUACGACGGCAGGCAAGCCGAGGCAGCACUUGAUGGAAGUGGUUCUCUGACCGACUUAACUAAAUAUGCCAUCUGCGCUGGUGUAGACUACGUCAUUCACAAUGGAGCAUCUGUAACUUUUGCUGUCCGCGCCCAAUCGACCAUCGAAGAAACAAAGGUUGCCUUCCCGGAUAUAGAAUUAUUGGUGGUCACUCCACCAACCGCUAGAGAUUCGUACUACCAGCUGCCUAGUACCUACACUUCACUUGAAAUAGCGGACAUGCCUUUGUUCGACGCCGACAAUCAGGAUGACGUUCAACUCUCUGAGGCAACAACUAUUAAAAUGUUCCGUUCCGACGACCCCGACUUCCGUUAUUUUCGCCUUAACCCUCUCAUCCCCGCUUGCUUCGAGGGAAUCCACUACCAAGAAAAUAAAGGGAAUACUACAGUUGACAUCAAUGUAGUGCGCGGUUACAUCACAGACCGGGAACAGCUGGUCCUUUUCGACCCCCUGUUCGACAAGAGAUACAACACCCACAUCCUUGGCCAAGCUAUGCAGAUAGCCUACAACAUGACCGCCAACAACGACUCAAUUUCAACCUACACCGUCCAUCGUCUCGCCAACUAUGCUGUCGACAACUGCGCGCAGUCCUUCUACGAGGCAGGCCAGCAGAUGGGUAUUGGCAUCUAUGAGGGCAGCAUCUAUAUUGAUCUAAGGGACGACUUCGAGGUCUGGGUGGAGAAGACCAGUCUUUUGCCAAAUGGUAUCACGAUUGAUGAGUACGAGGAUUCUCUGGCUGAGAGAUUCGUGUUGGCAGUGGAGAAUCGCCUUAUUAAUCCCGAUGACUACGACCUGACCUGCAGCAGCACUGUUCCCCCAAAGAUCCAAAACCCAACAUACGAGUUCCAGUUUUCCGCAGCUGAAGAGGAGCUACGUAGACGUCGCCGCCGAAGGAAGCGUAGCACCAGUGAAGAAUGUAUCCCCCAGACCAACACUGAGUUCUGUACUGCUACCAAACCACACAGAGACGCUGAGGUUGCCCUUCUCUGGAAGGAGAUCACCCGCAAGCAUCUUUAUCGUAAUCCCGUGGAGGUCAAAGCCGCUCUUGAUGGAUGUUUUGGGGCGUGUGGAACCUGUAUAGAGGGCGACAUCUGGGAAGAAAAGACAAAGAACUGUGACAACCUCUUCCACUGGGUUCCAUUCGGCACCCUCAACCAGCAGGCUGACCAAACCAACUUCUUUGCCCGCGACAACCUCGACACCAAAGCUUAUUCUUGCGACAGAGGAGAGCACUGCAUGGAGAAGUCCCCACUUUUCUCACUCUUUGCACCAUCCAUUGAACGCCUGUACCGUCCUGACCCCGCAAAGAGCGUGAAAGAAGAGUUGUACGGCGCCGCAGACAACCCGACCCCAGCUAUGGACCUCAUCCACCGUGUAUACGCUCUCACCGCCGCCGGCAAUGUCAAGGUCUGGGCCAAGGACGAAACCGAGAUAACCUCCAUGAAGAAUGCACUCAAGGUGCUGAUGAUCUACGCCCCAAAUGUCACAAACGUAAUGUUCUACGUCACCCAGGACAUCAGUCUCGACUCUGCCAACUCCGUCAUUGAGAACUUUGUCAACGACUGGACAACCACCACUUGCCCAGACUGGUCCAGACAGUAUGUUGCUCCUUUCGAAGCAACUGACCAGUUACCCGCUGGUAUCACCAAGAGAGAUGCCAAGUAUGAUCUUCGCAACGAGAUGGUUAGGAAGGCAAGAAACUGGGAGAUGGACUGGAUCGAGCAUCACUUCCAUUAUUAAUGAAAAAAGACGUCAACAGCUUAGAAAUAUCACAUUGACAGUUUUGACGAGUUUCAUUCAGCUCAGUCUUUAACAUUGCAGUCUGUAAAGAAGCUUGCUUGAGGAUACCAAGAUGUCUCUCUUGAGGAACUAUUAAUCGCUCCACGUUUUCUUGAUGUAAAUAAUGUAAAAAAACAUUGUAAUAUGGCUUUUUGUUUUUGUGUAUUUGAUACCUUUCGUGAUGGUACUGGUGAUUAGGUCUCCUUGAUCAUUAAUCAGCACCUCUUUUUCCGAGUCGUACGAAAAAUAACCUCCGCAUUAAUAGCUAAUCUGUGAUACUGUACGUACGUCAUACCUAUUCAAUGUUUGCUCGGUCUUGUUACAGCUGAAAUUUUGUAAAAUGUUGUGGCUAUCUUUCUUAGUUAUUUUUGUUAUCAAUCAUCAUUAUUUCACUUUCACUGUGAUACUCAACAAUGGUACAUUAUCCCAAAGAAGUGUUAUCAAUGGAAUACGUCUGAUAAGACCAAAUUAGAUCUUAGUGGUAGCAGUUAGUUGUUGUUGUAUGUACUAGAAAUUAGUUACCAUGAAGUCUAUAUUCCAAAAAGUGCCAAACUUGUACAGGUAUGCGUGAUAUGCAGUGACCGAUAGUGUUUGACUCUUUCCCGGCCGAUGAAGUGCUAAACUGUUAAAUCGCUCACAUAACCGAUCGGGGACGCUAAAACCUCUGUGAUAGGGGCGCCGCUAUUGGAAGAAAAGAAAAUGACUCCGUCUAUGAGUUGGAAUUCCCUAUGAGUUGAGUUCUUGCUUA